CAGAAGAGAAAUGAGGAUGUCUGCUGCCAUAAAGAUAUACAGCCUCGGAAACUCACGGGUGGCAGUUGAGCCGGAAUCCUCUCGAUGGCAGUGAAGAUGACGAGAUGGUCUCCAGUCUGGUGCUGCAGGUGUCCCUUUAUUUUAACACGUACUUUUUCCCCUUUUGGUGGGUGAGCAGCAUCAUGAUGCUUUACAUGAAGUAUUCAUUCUUGCCCGAUUACUACAAGUUUAUUGUGGUCACGAUUAUCAUCCUAGUCACCUUGGUGGAGGUCAUCCGGCUGUAUCUGGGCUACAUGGGUAACCUGCAGGAGAAGGUUCCCGAGUUGGCUGGCUUUUGGCUUUUGAGCCUUCUGUUACAGUUGCCUUUAAUUCUUUUCUUGCUCUUUAAUGGUGGCUUGAAGAGUUUGCCGAUGGAAAAGGCAAUCCACAUGAUCUACACCCUCUUCCUGACUUUCCAAGUCGUUGCAGCGUUUCUUGCCUUGAAGAGAAUGGUAAAUCAACUGGCAACCCGUUUCCACCUCCAAGACUUUGACCAGCUCUCUUCAAACAGAGGGGACAUGAGGAUGAGGUCCUGUAUCGAAGAGAUUUGACUGAGAGUUCUUGAGUGAUUAACCUGAAAGAUUCUUCUAGAAGAAUGAAAGAGGAAAUCCUCAGAGAUCCAGCAAUGAGAAGAAAAAAGGCAACGCAAGUACACCGAAAUGCCAAGGUUGGGGGAUGAUUGGACUUGGUCGUCACAGGACAUGAAAGCCUCACACCCAGCGAUGUUCACUCGAUGUCGCUUCUUUUGCUGUUGGUGAAUUUUCCCUGUGUGUAGAACUGUGUCUCUUGGUGGUCCGUGUACACCAGUUUUAUUAUCAUACUUCCGAUGAGGGGUGGUAAAUAGAACUGUGUGCCUUUCUUUCAAACAUCCCUGGUGUCCAUGUCGUGGAGUCCCUGGAUGGGGCAAACGAUUAGCAGCUGUGCUAACCAUCAGUGUGGAGAUGUCUCUGAAGAAAAGCUUGAUGAUUUAUUCCUGAGACACCAGCCUUGGAAACCCGGUGGAGCCGACUCUGCCCUGACAUGCCUGGGGCCGCCCUGAGUCAGAACCAACAAGACAAGCCAGCAAGGAGUUGUUGUUGUUUUACCCACCCUUUGGCCUGUGCACCUGACUGUGAUUCUUGCAGCACCUGCUAGCCAUUGUUCUUGUGUACUUAGCUAUAUUUUAAAAGAUCAAACAAUCAUGGCUGCUAAGGUUAGAGUCUAACUUAAGUCAUAACUCAGACUGAGGUUAAAAGGGAAAACAUGUGGGUUAUCAUGGUACUUUGAAUGAUUUUUAUCAUGAAAUUGUCAUUUCCAUAAAACCAUGUUCAGUAUUUAUGGCAGUGGUACGCAAAUUAAUUUUUUUACAAUAAAUUAUAAAUAUUUAUGUUCAA